GUUUCAAACCACACUUACACUGACAGCAGUUACUCACGUUGAACAGCACCACUGUACCCAUUAAAAAUCCCCUCUCUGUCCCUCUCUCCCCGACACUAUUCUCAGGGUCUGGUAAUUACUAUUCCUGUUUCUUCGAGAUCAACUUUUUAGCUUCCACAUUAUAGAACCACGCACGCAUGCACCUCGCCAAAGCAUAGAAAGAUUAAAAAGCUGGGGUUUUUUGGUGUUUUUUGUUUUUUGGUACCAGGGAUCGAACUUGGAACCUUGCGCUUGCUUGCAAAGCAGGCGACAGAACCACUGAGCUAAAUCCCUGGCCACAAAAAAGCUGAGUUUUAAAAACACAUGAUUUGUGUAAAAUCGUUUGGUCUAAAUCUAGUUGAUCUCCCCUCCAUCCUGUUUCAGGCAUGCUAUGUGGUCUCCUCCACAGAAUGAGGGCAAUGUAUUCUUACAAGGCUGGGAGAACAGGAAAGGACUGAAUCUCAGGGAGAUAGAUACACCUUUUGGAAAAAUGCAAAAGGCCAGUCAGGAGCCUUGAAAGGACGGGGAGGAGUGGGACCAUCCAAUCCAGGAACAGAUAGUUCCAUUUUGGGUGUCAACUCCAGUUGACUGGUGGGUAAGUCCCGCUCAGGAUGCCUAUGCUGAGGACUCUGAGGCUCUUUCUGGCCUAAUUAGAAGGAGUGCUGCAUUAAAUUCUUAGGGUUACUGUGACCAACUACUGUAAACGUGGUGGCCCCAAAUGACAGAAAUUUAUUUCCUCAUAAUUCUACAGACCAGAAGUCUAAUUAAGGUGCUGGCUAGGCCCCACUUUCUCUGAAGGCCCCAGGGGAGAAUCCUUCCUCGCCUCUUCCAGCUUCUGGUGGUUCCUGGUAUUCCCUGGCCUAUGCCAGCACCAUUCUAAUUGCUGCCUAUGUCUUCAUGUGGCUUUUGGUUUUGUGUGUCUCCGGGAGUAAAUCUCCCUCUCCUUUCUCUCAUAUACUCCAGUCACUGGAUUUAGGGCUCACCCUAAAUCUAGGAUGAUUUCAUCUUGAGAUCUUUAGCUAAUUACAUUUUAAAAGAUUCUAUUUCUAAAUAAGGUCACAUUCUGAGGUUCUGGGUAUAUAUGCACGGGGAGGGCAUUAGUCAACCCACUAUAAGUGCUGUGAUAGCUGAGCAAACUUAUUAUGGGUUCAGGACUGAGCAGGGGUAGCACUUCUGCCUCCUAUCUGCCAUCCCAAUCUGGCCCAGAUGUGGCUUUAUAGAUGACAGAACUCGGAUUCAGAAAAUAACAGGGUCUUGAUGAGGACGAUAACAUGAAGCCCAUAUAAACUAGAACAAGCCACAGGAAAGAAUAAAGAAAGAAGUUAUACAGGUGGAGUAGGAGGAGGGGUUGGGGUGGAGAAGAUGAGGAUGAAUUUACUGUUAGUUGUGGAAUAACAAAGAAGGGUAUCUUUGCUUUUGAAACUAUUGUCCAAGAAAGGGUCUAGAAGGGGCAAUAAAAUGAUCACUAGCCAACUAGAGAGAAAAUGUCAGUGCACUGGAAGAAUCAGUAGCAUCCUGGGGAUCAUUCUGCUGGGGAUGAUUUGUGCUUUUUUGGCUAAAGGAAUGAGAGUUCCUCUCCCUGGGCAAAAGCAUUUCCAGACUGAUCCCUGAAAGCAUCGUGCGUAGAUGCCUGCUGGUUGCCAUGGUGAAUGAUGCUGAUCUGAAGAAAUGAAUAAUGUGAGCAUUGGGGGCGACAGUGGGAUUACUCAGUGGUGACAGAGGCAUCAACGAGAGCCCAGAGCGGAGGAAGCCACCAUUCUUUCAGCUUUGGUCCACUCUGCCCCGGAGGGUAGAGCUCUAACCAGAUACACUUCAAGCAUCAGAAUCGGGAUGAACAUCGAGGUUGGGAACGUUUCUUACACAGGAGCCAUCAUCUCCUGGUCGUCCUCGGAGCCCUGCCUGGAGGACUAUUACCAUAUUAUGUACAGGCCCAACUGGAACAGCAUAUUCUCUGGCUAUCUUCACUACAGCUUCCACCACGAGGAGAAGGUGCCUCGAACCAUCAGCUCCGUGGUACUGGAACACCUUGCCCCUUCCACGCUCUACUUCCUCUGCAUCAGCUGUAAGAAGGGUGCCUUCCCCUAUAGGCACUACUGCACCAUGUUCCACACGCUGGAUAAGAGUCCACUGGCAGGAAGUUCCCUGGUAGACCCCCAAAUCUCUCUUUGGGUGCUGAUGGCCAUUCUGCUGGCCUGCUUCACAGCUGUCCUGGCCUUUAUCUGCCUGCAGUUCUGGUGCAUCCGUUGUCAUGAGCCUCGAUGGUCAUACAGAGCUGGCCACAUGGAGGAAGCUAACGGGCUGGUGAGAUGGCCGGAGGAGGCCCCCGCUCUUGGUCAGAGAGAGGAAGACCUGCACGGGCUCCCCCUGAUGGAGUUACCACGCAAGGACUCUGGGGCUGCCCCUGAACCGGAAGCUGAAGCCCAGCAGGAUGCACCGGAUGUAGGAGCCUUACCCAGGGAGGGUGGCGAGCAACCUGCCAUCCUGCCUUAUUGCAAGGAGUGAGAAGAAGAGAGAAGACAGCCCCCAUCAUGUGACCAGAGCCCCCCAUACAGAUCUGUAAAAAUCUAUAGACUGCCCAUUUCUCUCCCCUUCAAUGUUAGCGCUAUUGUGGAUCCCUGGUGUUGGAUAAAAGUCUCAUUGUGAAGCUUCUCAAACUAGAAAGCAAAUGUCCCAGGGCUGCUGUGGGACAAGCAUGGCUUCGCUUCACCAGUGUCCAUUCCAGGGGCCCAGUUAAGAACUGCAGGCACUAUUCUAACACUCAAUCGCGCAUGGACAUAUUAUAGAGUAGAAAGUAGAAGUUUGCAUAACUUAAAUAAAGUACAAUAUUUGAAGGAAAUGUGUGGGUUGUAGAUCUGGGAUAAGGAAUCAAACAGUCUCUGAGAUUUGCCUUCUGUCAUUCUUUGGAGAAUGUGAGGAGCGUUACAGUGGAGUGUUUUCCAAUUUUCAGGCAAUCACAUUUCACCCCACAUUCCAUUUUCAUUUGUUUAAACCACGGGCAUUUAUUAUUAAUAAUAAUAAUAAUAAUAGUACUUUAAGUUUGCUCAUUUUAAAACUUCAAAUAUAUUUUAAAAGAUAGCCAUAUAUUAUUCCUGUGAGGCCCAAGAACUAAUCUGGCUUAAUCGCACUUCCAAAUCAGGAGCUGCCGACCCAAUGGAGAAAAGCUUCUCCACAUUGUUGUAUUCACCUAGUCAGUUCCUCUCCUAAGUCCAUCUCUGCUUACUUUUUGAAAAUAAGGUCAAAUGUGGCUAUUUUUAUUGAUUGCAGCAGAAAGAAAAAUGCUGUCCUCUGUUUUGCUGGGUGACAUAUUUCACCCUCUGAGUGGCAUCCUUUAGUCCUCUCGCACAAAUCCUGUGGGCAGAAAUGAAUCUUACAUGCGGUGUGGCUCUGUAAACACUGCUCCCGUCCCUGCCAGUGGUGUGGAAGAACAAAGUCCGGGGGGUAGACUGUUUGAUCCCUCAUGUGUCUCCAGAACUUUGAAUCUAGCCCGUGCCUGGCCUACAGUGGGUGCAUAUUCAUCAUCUAAGGGGUGGAAAGAAGGCUUAGGACAGGGCACCGCUUGAGAGCGUCAGCGUCAGGCUGUGCAAUGUGUCAACAAAAGCAGCACUGAGAUGGGAAAAGACAUGGAUGGCCUUCAGCUCUAGCAACAACCAUCUGCAAUUUCCUUAGGGUUCUGCUGCCCAACUUCUUCCUCUGUAAAUCCUUUGUAUUCACUGAGCACCAAAUCCCAAGAGUCACUGACCGACAUGCCGUGAAUAAACUGAGAAACAGGAGGAGCUGGGGAGCCAAGACGACGAGAAGCCCCACAGACCUAGUUCCCCGCACCCCAGCGUAGUGCUCACCUCAGUUUCUACCCAGCAUCCAGCCCCCCAGGCCCAUGUCCGCCCCACCCCUGCUAGCUGUGAACAAAUAAAGAUGCACAGAGUACACUCGU